GAGCUACACAGUGAGUUCAAGGCAAGCUUUAACUACAUAGCAAGACCCUGCCUCAAAAAUCAAUCAAUCAGCCAAACCAACCAGCAAACAAACCCACAUUCUGUAGCCCUGUUUCAUGUACAGAUGCAAUGAGACCCUACUUUCAGAGAUGUAACCACUUCCAUCCUUUAGAAGGAGAAACUAUGUCAGCUGCUAUACCCUCAGGUAAGUCAUAAUCCAAGAAAAGAAAAAUGCUGUGGAAAUUCCACACUAAAGACAAGCCUUGAUUCUAGACUUCAUAUCUGCCAUAAAAUUCUAAAACCCCAGAAUCUCUUUUCCCCAAAUGCCCCCUCACUUCUCUCUUGAAUGUGCUAUCUCAUGUCAGACCUACCAACCCAGACAUUCUUGCUUCCUCUUGUCUCCCCAACUCGGACCUCACUUCCUGAAGCUGCAAGGACUUGUAGGCAAAUGACUCCGUCCCCAGGCAGAGCAGAAGCGUCCGGAGUGUGGUCCCACCUCGCCCAGAACUUUAGCUCACCGGCAGGGCUGGACGAG